UGCUGUUAUUGCUGAUCGCUUCUCGUCGUCGGUCGGUCGCACAAGUGUUCGCGCUUCUAGUGUAUUAGGGUUUUCUUCUUAGUCGUAGCCCCGUCGCCGUGUUCUGACAUUGUGAUCUGGUUGGCUGCUAGUUGGCUGCCACUGUUGCGCUCGGUGCUGCUGCUGCUGUUGUUGUUGUUGUUGUCGUUGCUGUUGUUACUGUUGCGGCUCAUAUGGUGAUGUGUUUUUUUUUCUUCUCGAGCGCGCGCGGGAUGAAAAUGCGCGCCGCGCGGCGGCUGCGGCUGCGGCAUCUCUUCUCUAAGUUAUAGGGCCUUAAUACUAGAUGCUUCGGCGGAAACCAGGCAUUUCGUGUUAGAACGCUGACUAAUGUGAACGUGCUGAGACUUUCCGUUCCGUUCCGUCCGUCUGUCUGUGCGCAGAAGUGUGUUACUGGGUAUAGUGUUACCGAGCGCGCAGCCAAUUUGCUGGUGGCCUCAAAAGUGUAGUUAGGGGAUAACCGCGCGCGUGUGUUCCAUCCAACCCAUUCACCCAUCCACCCACCGUUGGAUGGUGGAACCCGUAAUCAAGAAGGGUUCGGGCAUGGAUGUGACUUCAUUCAGUGGUGAUCGCAACUGACGACGGUGGUGAAGAGUUUUUCCAAAGUUCAACAUUGUGUAAUCUUGGUUCAGGUUUUGGAGUUUUCAUUUUUAUUUUUUCACUGUUAAUUCUUUCUGUGACGAUCCAAUUACUGGUUGUGGCAACAGUGAGUGUGUCUGUGUUGCGGAUCAAUUGACGCCAGUGUGACGAGGAGUUGAUUGAAAACACAUUCCCGCGCUCGCUGAAGAAGAAUCUUGAUAUUGUUCAGUGAAGCGCGCAGCGUGAACACAGCGAAAAGGGCGUGACUAUCACGCGCGCACACAUGUGACGAGAAGUGGUGGUCAAUUGAAACUUUUUUUUAGGGAGGCCCCCAGUUCUGGUGGUGCUGUUGUUCAGUCGAAAACGGUGCAUUCAUUCACGGGGUGGAACAAAACUACGAUUUUUUUUGUGAUUCCGGUCAGAAAACAAGAAAACAGUGCAACAAAAAGAAGAGCAAACCGUGCCUGCAGAGUUUUCAGUUUCGGAGUCAAAGCCGUAAGAAGGCGCACGAAGGAGUGAAAGACGAGCACAAUUAUUCCGAUUCUGUGAAGAAGACGCAAAAAAGAAAAAUUAAGGACCGUACCACUCAACAUCUGGCCCCGUUUGUCGUCCUCCUUCAGCUCCGUAUGCGCGCAUCCGAUCCGAAUCCGAUGGCGAUAGCGGUCAUCGCAGCUAAGAAAUAAAACUAGCAAGAACUGAGACACCAGACGAAGAACAAAUGCUGGAAUGAAUUGUCAUUGACGACUGCAAGCAGUACCCGUUCGCCAAUCCUGAAAUAUGGAUGCGCCUUCCAUGGUCCAACGUGAAGGCGACAAACUGAUCGUGCGACGUGUCGUUAGUGGGGAUGAAGUAUUUCUCAAUCAGACCAGUUCUUCGCCGUCGUCGGUUUCCACGACCAAGGAGCAAUCGUUGGCCGACAGUUUGAAGCUGCUGUCCGGUGAAGAAGACCUCAGCAAGUUCGGACUGAUUCUAGAGGAUAGUAGUGCCGGUAAAGGGGGGGAACAGGGUGACAGUGCCGAACAACAGUUACCCCAGUGCAAGAUCAAACGGAACUAUUCGUGCAGUAGUUGUACCUAUUUUACGCAGAAUCCACGAAAGUAUUUGACCCAUCUGCGCGAUGUGCACGGCGAGAAGAUUAUCAUCAACGAGUGCAAACGGUGCCUGUACGCCUCGCGCCACUACCAGAAACUGGUGCGCCACAUGAAGAUGGUGCACGGUUCUACGGACGGCAUCAAGACACCGUUCAGUUCGCGCAGGCGAGGAACUUUCCGGAAGGAGUUUUACAAGAAGAACAAGUUCAAAAUGAACCCCAAUCCGACGGCCAGUGAGUUGUACAAUCAAACCAGUGCAGAGUAUAUAAAUCAGUUGAUGAAAUCCGGGUUGAGCAAAAUUUUCGAAAGUGCCAGUGGUGCUGGUGGAAGCGGCGCGGGCGAAGGCUCGCAAGAAACGUCGAUCUUUUAUCCAGCGAACUUCAAGCACGGCCUAACACUAGCCCCGGAUCCGACGCAGCAGUUAUCGCAGCUGAAGGGCUCAUCAAACAUAAAUAUCUUUGCUGAUAACAGCACCAGUUCUGGUGCUGGUGAUUCAAGCAAACAACAAGUAAACAACGACGUCUUAGCCAUGCUGCAGCACAAUUUGGUGGAUAAAAGUAAGCAGCUUACGAUAACGCCUGCGAUGAGCAGCACAGCAAGUGGCAACAGCAGCAGCAGCACCGGCGAAACGAUGGCGAAACCAAAGAGAAAAGCUCGCCCCAUUCCGGAUCUGAUUCCGUUGCACAGUAUUGGUCGGCUACAUCUGGGCAGUGAAGUCGGCAAAACUUACCACCUAAAUCCGGAGGUCACCAUCAAGAGCCGGGUGGUGAUUACCGGGGCAGACGGUGAGAACAACAGUCCUUCCGAUGCUGCGGGAACUUCGCGGGGUAAGUCACCAUUCGUCAUCGACGACGAAGCUCCAAUUAAUCUUACGGCUGACCAAAACGGCGAUAAGAACCUCCAGCAUCAGUGUAUAUUUUGUCAAAUCAUGGUGAGGACGACGGACGAUUUAGCACUGCACUUGCGUACGUUUCAUAGUGAGGAAUUGUUUGCGUUGCUACUGCAGAAAAAGCCAGAAGAUAAUGGCCAACCGGAACUGCAAACCUACACGGCGGAGAGUUUAACUAUUGAUAUUUGGAAGAGGCUAUUGGAGAACAAUAAGGCUAUCCUGGAAGAACAGGAGGCUCGGGAGAAUGAAAGUGAUAUGCAGUCCGGUCAGUACUCCAAUGACGAAGACGAUGCAGAGACGGUUGAGUCGGCGAUCAGCAAGAAUGAAACGUAUUGCGGAAUCGAAACCGCCCCAGGUUACGGAGAAGUUACUAAAAAGAUUACGGUAGAAGAGAGUACGAACCAGGCGUGUAUUAUGAAAAAGGUUUUCAAGUGUCCGCACUGUUCCUUUUGGGCAUCGACGGCAUCCCGCUUUCACGUACACAUCGUGGGUCAUUUGAACAAGAAACCGUUCGAGUGUUCGCUUUGCUCGUAUCGAUCGAACUGGCGUUGGGAUAUUACGAAGCAUAUCCGCUUGAAGACGAUUCGUGAUCCGAGUCACAAAACAGCCGGAGUGCUGAUGAAUGACGAAACCGGCCGACGGAAUUAUACCAAGUACAACCGCUAUAUCACCCUGAUGAAGGUUACCGAUAGUAACUACAAAGACAGCUGUUCGUCUUCGGCCGGAUCGAAGUCCUUGGUUGAUCACGGGCAAUCAACCGAUUCCUAUCUAGCGAUGUGUGGUAAAGCGGGUGACAGUCAAACCAGUUUGAGUGCCCUUGCUAAGAUGUAUUCCAGUGAAGAGCUAGCGCAAGCUUUCAACCUGGCUAACAUGAAUCAGAUGGUUCGCUUCGAUCCGGAGAUGCUACAAUCCCUAAUCGGGAUGCCAAAACCCUUGCCAACCGAGGAACCGAAACAGGCUUCCCCGCAAAAGGUUACCUUUAAAUGUAGAAAGUGCAGUUUUAAGAAUCCAUUCCGUGAGCUUGUGCUGCUUCACGUCAAGUCUACGCACCUGAGCGUAGACAAGUCCAACAGCGAAGCGGAGAUCGAUCUGCUGCCGUGUGACGAUCCAGAUCAGGAACCGAUGGACGAAGCGGUGGCAAACAACAGUACGCUUAGUGCACUCUCUCCGCUAAGAACACCACCAUCGCCUCUAUCGGUUGUCAGUCCUCGAAACGAUAGCGGUAGUAACAUCGGCAGUCUGUCCGGUGCCCCCACCAGUGCUACCACUAGCACCACUCCCAGUGCCGCUUCCGGCGGUAGCUCAACCGCCGGAGGCUUCCGCAGUAACAUUUAUACUACUAACGCUACAUUAAUUGGUGUCGGAUUAAACUAUUCUCAAACUGUAGCUAAUGACAAUCGGUUGGGAACCACUACCUAUACUAUCAAUAAUGCUAUCCCUAGUGUCGUGUUUGGUGGUGAGGUGGAUAGGACGAUAUAUACUGCUACUAGUACGACUACCAAAACUACCACUACUAUUUGCGCUAGCUCGGCAUCGGCCAGUACUGUUACUACUACUACUCCUCCCUCUGCUAGUACUAGCACUACCACUACCACUACUACCACAACGGGUGGCGGCGGCGGCGGCAAAGGGGCGUCCAACUCGUGGCGCCCGAGCGCCCCGUACCGGUGCGGUCAUUGUCAUCAGGUGUCCAAUUGGAAGCAUGUCAUCCAGAGACACUGCCGUUUAAAGCAUAACGGCAACGUGCUAAUCGAGAUGGUCACCGCCGCAAAACCGUCGCAAAACGUAACUGAUACACGCAAUUUGAAGAAAGUGCGAAAGCCAUUUCAAUCAUUCGACUCAGUUUCACAGGAUAUCCCCGUACAGCCGGUCACGCUGCACCCGAUAGCGAUCGUCCCCGAGGUCAGUCUCAUCGUCCAGGAGGUGCCCAUCGUGCAGCCAGCAGUGCAACCAUCCACACUCCCACCACCUCUCAUAUUCUCCCCGGGUCACCGUAAUAGCGGCAGUCCGUUUGUCAGCAACUCCGUUACCGUCACACCUGCUUCCACACCACCCACCUCAGCUCAGUCCGUCCACAUGACAUUCAUCAACCUGACAGAGGAAUCUUCGAUGGAACCACCAGCGCAACUGCAACUGACGCCGUUAACACUGCUUGACAGCACCCCGUCCAGCGAUGCCACCGAGGAACACGAUGAGCCUCCUCCGCGCACCAAACGCUACCAGUGUGAGGCCUGCCCGUACGUAACCAACAGUAAAACCCAGUUUGCCUAUCACAAAUCCUUCCACCGGCCUCGUGGCGAUCCGUACAAAUGCGACAUCUGCUCGUACAACGUCACCAAAAAGCACCUGUUAAUUCAACACCAGAAAACACACAAUGAGAAAAGUCAUUCGACGCCGAAGCCUACUGCAACCGGUAGUGGUAACGGUGAACUGUCACUUCUACUAGGCAACGAAACAAAAUCCAGCGGUCUAACCGCUGCCGACAUACUAGAUCUGACGAAGAAAAUGACAGCCGAAGUUAGCAUCACACCGGCCACCAGCGACAACAAUGGGAAAAGACAUUCCGACACGAGCAAAAAGAUGAUCGUUUUCUUCUGUCAGAACUGUCCCGCUCGUUACCUGGACGAAAGCGAAAUCGUGAUACACCAGAAUAGACACACGCAGAGGGAAAAAUACCAGUGCGAUCUAUGUUCGUUUUCGACCUGUGACGAGUCCAGCACAGCCACCCACAGAAAUGUGCACUCGAGCAACUACGACAGAACAACCGCCGAACUGCGAAGUUUGCAUUCCGAAAGUGACCGUCACGCACAGCCCAAUCUAAUCCAGGUGGGCGAUCCAGAACCGCUGUGGGUAGUUGAGAAUGACUAUAACGCUUUAUUGAUGGCACCUUCCGCGGAACCCGAUCCGGAUCCGAUACCUGAACCGAAUACGGCGCGUCCCCGAAGAUCGAACCGCACACGGCAGGGGGGCGCACUAGAAGCGCCAAUCACGGAAUUGACCAAACAACCGAAGGUGUACAGCUGUGAGCACUGCGACUACACCGACAGCUCCGAGUGUUCCUUCAAGGAUCAUGUGCGGAUACAUUUUUCCGCCAUUCUCUUCCCAAAGGCGGAAAAGCGUGCCAAACUGUGCGAGCCCGGAGAAUCCUUCAAGCUGAUCGCCACAUCCGUCAGCAAACCGGAGGAACGCUUCGAGCUGAACUACGACACGGACGGUUCAGUGCAGAGUGACGACGCGAGCAACAGUUGCAACAGCACCGAUAGGAUAAUCAUUGAAAUCUAAGCCGACAAACGAUGCAAUAAUCGAUAGUUAGUAGAAUCAAUGUCCCGCCUUUUUUUGCAUUCUUACAACAUACACCGACACCCACAAACAUCUACACAUAACAUAGCGACCAGUGCACGUAACGACACCUGAGUUAAGUAUAAAAAUAAUGUAGCUCUUAGUUUACCUGUAACAAGCAAAGAAAGAGAGAGAGAGAAAGUGAAGGUUCUUCGUAGUUUGCCAUUCAACCAAAAUCGGAACAAUGAGAAAAUCUCAGCCAAGUACAAAUUGAACAUUGAUUGCCCUUGAAAAAACUGUAGCUAUUUAAGCAAAAUACAAACAAACAAAGAAACUAGCACACCAGCGGUUCGUUAGCUUCCCAACGAUUUUUUUUCUUAAUUUCUAAGUAACACGAACCCAUGUAAGAGCAUAAGCUAGCACCUGUUAAGUGACCGAACAAAUCUAGACAGUGGGGAGGGGAAGGGGUCUGUAGUCUUUACCCGGUCAUCAUUAUCAUCAUCAACAUCAGCUGUAGCAUUAUAAAUGUAUUUCUUUAUCGUUUGCCGCACAAAAGUAUGCUUCGCAUCACUGGCGUAGCGUGGGGAGUAUCGCCCCCAAAAAAAAAAAGAUUAGAGUAGAUUUACUUAUCUUUCAAAUCGGGUAAAUAAAAUCCGCGCUAUUGCAAAAAAAUCCCGUUUGAAAAUACGUAUCAAAAAAAAAAACCCGCGUAAGAAAGAGUGUGUAUAAUCCCAACCAUUUUUUAAAAAAUGGGUAGAUUAAGUGCAAUUGAAAACGAACGAAAAUGAUUUCACUGCAACCUGGUGGGGGUGACACCCAGGGCAGAAGGGGUGACACCCAAAUUUCCCGCCCCGGGUGUCACCCGGUCACGCUACGCCACUGCUUCGCAUCCGAGAUGCAUGUGCCUACUAGAUGUUUUCUGUUUCAGUUUUUGUUUCGUUUUGUUUCACAGCCACCGUUAUCAAGGUGAUGAUUAGUAUUAUCCACGUGUAAGAGCAACGCUCUUUCUAGAGAAAAAGAAAGGCAACAAGUAACAAGAAUGGGCCGGGGGAAAACCCAAAAUCACGACAAAUUCCAUUUUUAUUACCAGUAACCGUUAGGACCACUCAAAAUCGGAGCCAAAGUGUAGAAGCAAAAUUAUUUUUGUGUAAGUUGAAUUAGGAAAACAAACAAAAAAACCAGCAAGUGGUAGAAUAGAAGUUUUUUGUGUCAUGUUGUGAAGAAUUGGAAACAGGAAAAAAUCCAAAUUUGUAGCCUAGGUCGUCACAUUCGUCAGACACAGGAUUGAUCGUCAUAUGUAAUAUUUAUGUAUAUAUUUAAUGUAGAUGUAUAAUUUGUUGUUGAAUUUGAUUUUAUAGGAACAUGGCGUUUAAUAAAGAAUAUGGUUAUUUAU